CCUACACGUCUAUAUAAACCACUCAUUCACCAUUUUUUUUUCAUCUCAAGCUAGCAUUCUUUCUCUGCUUCCAUACAUCUUACUUUCUUCUGUUUAUUUGUUAAUUACGAAUUUCAUUACAAUUUCCUUGAGGUCCAAAUGGCCACUGCUGAGGUUGUAUCAGCAAAGACAGCCCUCCCAGAGGGCACAACCGAGGAAUCACUCAAAGCUCCUGAGACUGCUAUCAAAGAAGAGGCAGUGACUGCACCACUUGCAUCAGAGUCCACCCCAGAGGAGCCAAAGGCAGAAAAAGAGACCGUGGCUGUGCCUGUGGAAGCCGUAGCUUCAGAACCUGAAGCCCCAGCCGAAGUUGAGACUAAGGAGGUGGCUGAAGAGACCAAGGUUGUGACUGAGGAGACGAUAGUUGAGAAGACCGAGGAGGAUGCCCCUAAGGAAACACCUGAGCCGGUUGUCGAGGAGACCAAAGAAGCUACUGACUCUGGUGAGGUUCCAGUACCAGAACCAAAGCCAGCACCUGAAGUCGAAGUCCCAAAGGAAGAGGUUGUUGCAGAAGUUCCAAAAGAGGAGGUUGUAGCAGAAGUUCCUAAAGAGGAGGUUGUUAAGGAGGAACAGAAGCCAGAAGAAGCUGAAGAGAAAGUUGAGACAGAAGCAGCUGUGGAGAAGGCUGAGUAACAAGGGGAAGGAAUUAUGCACUUUGGUGAAAGAUAGUGUCCAGUGGGUCUCUUUAGAUUGCAAGUCAAGUACUUCAAUGAGGGUCUUGUUUAGUCGUUUAAUAAUGAUGACUAGGUAGAUGAGUAUGUAACCUGGGUAUGGAAAUGACCCACUCCGAUAUUACAAAUACUCGCUUGCCAUGUGGCAGACAAGCAUGGCCUCCCGUGGGAAAAUUUUGAUGGUAAAUUGUGCCAUGUGGGAGGGAGAGUGGCUGUGGAUUGGAGGCAGGGUCAUGGAUCUUAUCAUGUAUGUUAUUUGCAUUAUAAAUGCGCAGUUUGUUUGAAUAAUAAUUAUUUAAUGUCAGCACUUUAUUCUGUCUAA